UUCACUCUCACACAGAUCUCAUUUCCUUUCCAAGUGGCUUUGAUUUUGCUUUCAUGGCCGGUUAAACUUCUCCCUCUCAAGCCUUUGCUCUCACACUACAUCUCUCUCUCUCUCUCUCUCUCCAAUCUAUGUCUCCUCUGCAUCACCAUUGUGUUUAUACAUACUACAAAGCCCACAACCACAAGUAGUCCCAUCUUCAAAAUCUUAGCAUUCACAUUACACCAAUCUCUCUACCUUUCUCUGUAAAAAUUUAAAUCUUUAUCUUCUUUGCAACACCAUUUCUGUGAUUCUUCAACAAAAAAUUCAAUCACAAUGACUUCACAAACACCCAAAUCCUCCAAACCCUCAAAAUCCCAAACCCAAUCCCCUUCAAGAUCAUCUUCUCUCUCCUCCCACCUUGCCAUGGUUGAGCUUAAGCAUAGAAUCCUCACUUCUCUCUCCAAACUCUCCGACAGAGACACCCACCAGAUCGCCAUCGAAGACCUCGACAAGAUCAUCCAAACCCUCUCUCCUGACGGCGUUUCGAUGCUCCUCAACUGCCUCUACGACGCCACCGCCGACCCCAAACCCGCCGUCAAGAAGGAAUCGCUCCGCCUCCUCGCCGCCCUCGCCGCCGCCCACGUCGAUUCCACGGCCACCCAUUUGACGAAAAUCAUUGCCCACAUUGUGAAGAGGCUCAAAGACUCUGAUUCGGGGGUUAGGGAUUCGUGUCGAGAUUCGAUUGGGGCGCUUUCGAAGCUGUAUUUGAAGGGUGAGGGCGAUAAUGGGGGUUUUGGGUCGGUUGUUUCGCUGUUUGUUAAGCCAUUGUUUGAGGCUAUGGGUGAGCAGAACAAGUGGGUUCAAGGUGGUUCGGCAAUUUGUAUGGCGAAGAUGGUGGAUUGUGCUUCGGACCCGCCUGUUGGUCCGUUUCAGAAGCUGUGUCCUAGGAUCUGCAAGUUGCUUAACAAUCCUAAUUUCUUAGCAAAGGCUGCUUUGUUGCCCGUGGUUUCGAGUUUGUCUCAGGUAGGGGCUAUUGCGCCACAAAGCUUGGAGCCAUUGCUGCAAAGCAUUCAUGAGUGCCUUGGAAGUACAGAUUGGGCAACACGUAAAGCUGCAGCUGAUACAUUAAGUGCUUUAGCGUUACAUUCAAGCAACUUGAUUGCAGAUGGAGCUACUUCCACGGUGACAGUGCUUGAGGCUUGCCGCUUUGACAAGAUCAAACCUGUCAGAGAUAGUAUGCUGGAGGCACUGCAGUUAUGGAAGAAAAUGGCAGGAAAAGGAGGAGACGGUGCUUCCAAAGACCAGCAAGCUGCAUCUCGUGAUGGUGAAAAUUCUGAGCCAGCUGAGCUGUCAGGAAAAAAGGACCUGAAAGUUCCAAAUCAUGGCAACACCAAAACUGAGGCCUCAGCGAAGGAUUCUCCAUCAAGCGGAUCAUCUCCUAGUGAUUUUGCUUCCAAAGGAAAAGGCAGCAACAGUUUAGACAAAGCAGUUGGGUUAUUGAAGAAAAGGGCACCUUCCCUAACUGACAAGGAAUUGAACCCAGAAUUCUUCCAGAAACUAGAAAAAAGAGGUUCAGGUGAUUUGCCCAUAGAGGUGGUUGUUGCUCGUCGAUGUCUCAACUCUGAAAAUAUGCAAAAUGAGGGAGAAUCAGAGCCAAAUGAUUCAAAUUCAAGGGCAAGGUCAAAGGGGAACUGCCAGCCAGAUGAUGGACUGGUAAACCUCAAGUAUAACAGCACUGAGAAAGGAACUGUUGGCGUGUCUUCUAGACAGCGAGAUUUUGACGAGUUUACCAGAGAAAAGUGGGCUGAAGAGAGAGGUAAUGGGAAAGACUCAAGAACGAAUUGGUUGGCUAUCCAGAGACAAUUAUUACAACUGGAGAGACAGCAAGCUCAUCUUACGAAUAUGUUGCAGGAUUUCAUGGGUGGGUCUCAUGAAAGCAUGGUGACUCUAGAGAGCAGAGUACGGGGUCUAGAGAGAGUAGUUGAAGAUAUGGCACGGGACUUGUCAAUAUCCUCGGGUCGAAGAGGUAGUAGCUUUAUGGUGGGAUUUGAGGGUGCUAAUAGGCCUUCAGGCAAGUAUAAUGGCUUCGCUGACUACUCUGGUUCCAAGUUGGGGAGAAGCAGUGAUGGGUGGAUGCCCUUUGGGGAGAGGUAUGGCCCACCUGAAAGUAUAGGUUCAACCAUGAGAGGAAGGGGACCUUCUUGGAGAUCCGAUGUUUCUGAUAAUUGGGAUUUUCACACAUAUGGAAAAAAUGGGCAAAUGGGAUCUAGGAGAAUCUUUGGUGAUGGUAGGUCACCUAAGUCGGAACAUGAGAAUGAUCAGAUUGGCAGUAGGAGAGCUUGGGAUAAAGGACCUGUUAGGCUCGGUGAAGGGCCUUCCGCGAGAAGCGUGUGGCAAGCUUCAAAGGAUGAAGCAACCUUGGAAGCAAUUCGAAUAGCUGGCGAAGACAAUGGAACUGCUCGAAAUUCAAGAGUAGCGAUUCCGGAAUUGACUGCAGAAGCUUUGGGAGAUGACAAUAGUGUGCCCGAGAGAGACCCUGUAUGGACUUCAUGGAGUAAUGCAAUGGAUGCGCUUCACGUAGGUGAUAUGGAUUCUGCUUAUGCUGAAGUUUUGUCUACUGGUGAUGAUCUCUUGCUUGUGAAGCUGAUGGACAGAACAGGAGCUGUUGCUGAUCAACUCUCAAAUGAGGUAGCAAGUGAGGUUUUGCAUGCUGUUGCACAGUUUCUACAAGACCAAAACUUGUCUGACAUUUGUGUAUCUUGGACUCAACAGUUGGCAGAUGUCGUGGGAGAAAAUGGACCUGACGUCUUAGGCAUUCCAACAGAAGUAAAACAGGAACUUUUGCUGAAUUUACACGAUGCUUGCACAGAAAUUGACACAUCUGAGGACUGGGAAGGUGCAACACCCGACCAACUCUUGUUGCAGUUGGCAUCAGCAUGGGGAAUUGAUCUGCAACAGCUGGAGAAGUAAUCAUGAGCUCUGUGGCCUGUCAAGAUUGGGUUUUUUGGUUUUUUGGGGGGGUCUGGUGAUUGGGAUGAACAUGUUGUGUACAUAGGUCAGGUGAAUUGUCUACAGCACAACCAUAUAAUGGAAUUGACUAGUUACAGUUUAUGAUUUUGAUUUGAUUGAAAUUGGAUAUAAAUUUUGUUCUAAUAUAAGUUGGGGGUGGCACAUUACAAAUGCUCGGCCUCGUGGAAAGCUCUUUCUUUCA